AGAGGCCCAGCCUCCCCAGAGGCCCAGAGAAAGAGAGAAGAGAGAGAGGCGAGGGAGGAGGCGCCGCUGUGGCCCAGACCCCUGGCGGGCAGCAUGUGGGAGCUCCGAUCCAUCGCCUUCUCCAGAGCCGUGCUGGCCGAGUUCCUGGCCACUCUCCUCUUCGUCUUCUUCGGCCUCGGUUCGGCCCUCCAGUGGGCCAGCUCCCCACCCUCCGUGCUCCAGAUUGCCGUGGCCUUCGGCCUGGGCAUUGGCACGCUGGUCCAGACCCUGGGCCAUGUCAGCGGGGCCCACAUCAACCCUGCCGUGACCGUGGCCUGCCUGGUGGGCUGCCACGUCUCCUUCCUUCGAGCUGCCUUCUAUGUGGCUGCCCAGCUGCUGGGGGCUGUGGCCGGGGCCGCCAUACUGCAUGAGAUUACUCCAGUAGAAAUCCGAGGGGACCUGGCUGUCAAUGCUCUCCACAACAACGCGACGGCGGGCCAGGCCGUGACUGUGGAGCUCUUCCUGACCCUGCAGCUGGUGCUCUGCAUCUUCGCCUCCACGGACGACCGCCGCAGCGACAACCUGGGCAGCCCCGCCCUCUCCAUCGGCUUCUCUGUCACCCUGGGCCACCUCCUGGGGAUCUACUUCACCGGCUGCUCCAUGAAUCCAGCCCGCUCCCUGGCCCCAGCAGUCGUCACCGGCAAGUUCGAUGAUCACUGGGUCUUCUGGAUCGGACCCCUGGUGGGCGCCAUCAUCGCCUCCCUCCUCUACAACUACCUGCUGUUCCCCUCGGCCAAGAGCCUGCAGGAGCGCCUGGCGGUGCUCAAGGGCCUGGAGCCGGACACCGACUGGGAGGAGCGCGAGGUGCGGCGGCGGCAGUCGGUGGAGCUGCACUCCCCGCAGAGCCUGCCGCGCGGGAGCAAGGCCUGAGCCGCAGCGCGCCAGCGCCCUCCCCGCCGCCGCCGAGCCCCGGGCGCCCGCGGGCGCCGAGCCUCCGCCAGGGGCGAGCCCCGGGGCCCGGCAGCAGGCACCCCGCCCCAAAGCCUCGGCCCCGACCACCCUCGGGCUCGCCUCCUGCAGGGCGCCGGGGAGGCGAGGCCCGGGGCGGUGGGGAGGGAAGGCGGGCGGGCGGGCGGGAGCCGGAGAGCUCCGGAGAGCCCGCGCCUGGGGCCGGGGCGUGGGGGGAGGGCAGUGCGUGGAGAGCACCUUGGGCUCUGCAGUUGGUGCGUCUGGUUUUGUUAGGGUGUGAAAGUGCUCGUCCACCGCCGCGUGCGCCUCUCCCCGCGUGCGGGGCCUGCGCGUGCCUGAGUGUGACCCCAAUGCCCGAGGUGGUACCAGGCCGGGGACUUCAUCCCGCUUUGGCCUCCUCCUCCUCCUCCUGCACCUGCAAUAAACCCGCCCCCUCUGCUAUGGCUGAGUCCUCCGUCGCAGCCGGCCCGAGGGGCUGGCGUCCAACCUCCUCUCCACCCUCUGAGAAGACUCCACAGCCCUCGGCCCAAGGACCUGCCGGGACUCACGGCGGGAAGGAACGUGUCAGCUAGAAAACAAGUCCCCUAGACGUGGCAAGGGAGGCCAGCCUGGGUAUCCGAGGGCUCUCUUUCUGCCCCGAGGGAGGGCUCUUCCCGGGGAGCGGGGAGGCAGUGCGGGCGUGCUCGACUCCCCUCCCCCGGAGCCCACACGCGCUUAAAGAUUAGUCUUCCUCCUGGGCGAAGAAGAAAACAAAAGCCCUCUGUGGGGCCCCAGCUUUUGUCCCCGGGGAGGGGGGAUCUGCAACUGGACACUGCGUGAAAGGAGACACUCGAUUUCGCAAGUAAGCCCUAGAGGGUCCCCCCUCCCCCCCGCGGCACAGGCCUAGGGCUGGCGGGACAGGCGCCCGGGCGUGCAACCACAGGCACCAGGCCACGCCCCCGCCGUCACCUGUCGUCCUUCCUCCCCGGGAACCUCUGCUCCCUCUCGCCUCCCUCCCGCCCUGUGCUCCACCCUCUUCCAGCGCCCACUGCCUGACACUGUGUGGACCUUGCAGCCCGCAGAGAAAGGAAUUGACUUGACUGGGCAGAGACAGAGCCGAGCCUGGGGGCUGGGCUUCUAAGUGUCUGGGUCGAGGCAACGUUUCUCAAGUGAGAUUAAGCUGGGAUCAAGUGAGCCGAUGCGAGGGAGUGCGCACCGUGAUUCACGUGAUUCUUCAUGCCAUUGUCGCAUGUCACACUCUGUCAGGAUAAUUUUCAAGGCAGAAGAGGCCGGACCUCUAACCUCCUCUGCUUCUGGGAAUUGAUGGUUAAAGCAGAGGAGAGUCCUGGGGCCCCAAGGUCCAGACAGAAGGACAUGGGUUUGCUGCUGGCCCCAGUCCGGCCUCUGAGCCCUUCCUUACUGCCUGCACCCGGGCAGUCUUCCGCUUCUUCCUUCCUCUCUCUUCAGCCCCUCCUCCAUGCUGUCACCCCCACACUCUCAAGGCUUCUGACUCCAUUUGUCCCCGUCAUGAGCCCUGUGCUCCAACGUGUGACCAUGCGUAGGGAAACCUCUGUCACCGACCUCUCUGUCUCCUUGGAGGCAAGAAGAGGGACAUUGGACCUGGCGGCCACGGAGAGGACCUCCCCAGGCUCCGACAGCUGGGCGCAGUGGCUUGACCUCACAGCUGCCGGAAGGGCGGCACCAGUGCCCUCUGGGGCUGCCUCCCAGUCAUUGCCCUGAAAGUUCAAAGUGUCAAGGCACUUUAGUCCCCAACACGCCCCUCUUGAAGGUCGAAAAUGUGUCCGAAGCACUUUCUGAGUCACACCCUCCCUGAGAGUGAGGACAGAGGUCAAAGCAAGAUUCUAACUAAUGGGAGGGUAGGUGGGUAAAAGUGGUUACGCUUCUCUGUGCCCCAGCCACGGUGCUGGCCUGUUCAGGAAGGUUACUAGCCCUGGCCGUGUAAGGCCUCACCAUUUCCAGACAAUCUUCCUUACCUUCCGAACCUUGUAAAACAAGCAGAGCAAAUGCUUCUUUCCCCAUUUGAUUCCGAAACGGAGGCCCUGAGGCUGGUCCAAAGACACACGGCUAACACAGUAGAGCCAACACUUGAACCCAGGACAUCUUAUGCAAAAUGCCAUCUUUCCACGGAGGCAAGCCUGCGCUCCUCCUGAGAGCCCCUGGCAGACGCUAGAACACCCAGCAGGGCUGGUCCAGCCCAGUCCAGACCCCUAUAGCAUAGUGGACAGAGAGCCUGGAAGAGGGUGCUGACUGGGUCAGGAGGAAAUGACACAAGAACUCGUGGUCCCUGCCCUUGAAGAGCACCCAGCCAAGAAGGUGGAAGUCGGCACACCCAAACCAGACAGACACAGGACAGCAUGGAGGCAGGUGGACAGGCUCCAUCUUCAGGCUGGGCGCGCGCGGCUAAGGGGCUGGCAGGAGGACGUGGCUCACCACUGUCCCCGUAGCAUCCCUCCCCACUUCUCAGAACUCCACAACCCCGAGAGUUGCUUCGGUGUUUGUGUCUCUAAGCUGUGAGCCUGUGUGUCUACCGUGUCUCUCUGGCAGAGCGUAAGCUCUCCAGGGGCGAGGCUUUCUCUUACCUACUUUCCCUCUUGAUCUUAUCUAACGAAGUGUUCUGCAUGUACUCAACUCCCAACAAACGCUCGUUUGUCAAUAAAUCAGUGUUCUUCAGAGGGAAAAUGUUAGUGUACAGGCAUUCUGCUUCUGGGUUGCCUAGUAACCUAUGACGUCAUCAUGUGUCUCCCGCCAGGUGUGUGUCAGAUGCACCUGCACCUGGCAGAAGCCGUUCAGCUGUGCACUAGCUCUCUCCCCUUUCUAUGUUGGGGUGCCCCUCCCCCGUCUCUGUCUCUCUGCCCUCAUGGCCCACUGAGACCCUAACUUUAUUCUGCUUUCCUCCCCCUGAAUAAACUCUUUCAUAAGA